CUGCCAAAGGAUACUGCACUGAGGCGAAGAAGAAGAAGAACGUGCUCCACCAUCGGCGUUGUCCACCGGCAGGAACGGAUCAAGCUCAGUCAUGGCGUCGCUAACCAGCGUACAAGGGUUCGUCAUUGUGGCCAUUAUUUACGCCCUGGUCAACACUCUGGGCAUCAUGGAGGCCAUCAUCGUCAGCGCCGUACCGACCGUCGAGGACCAACCGUUCCCGAGAGUGGGCCUGCUGUACGCGUACACGUUCAAGGGUAUGGAGGCAUCCUUCAACUGCUUCUCGGCCAUGAUACUGCUCUUCGGCGCCGUCGGUAGGAUCAAGCCCGCGCUGACGGUGUUCCUCUACUGGAACGUCUUCUCGACCAUCACCUGCACGCCGCUCAACAUCGGCAUCUUCCACACCAAGUCCGGCGACGAACAAUACUCGCUGGUCAGGAGGCUCAUUAUCAAGCGCAAUAUGACGACAACCACUGCUCCACCGGACACUUUUGACCUGACAUCCAUUGCCCGCUUUUUCUCUCAACUUGCAACGGUGGAGUAUUUCUACGCCAGGAUGGGCAUCACCGUCAUAGCGACCAUCAUUAAGUUGUACGUGCUGUUCGUGUACGUCGGCUUCUACAGGAAUCUCCAGGACGAGCCUUACAACUACAUGCUCCAGGAGUGAAGUGGACACGCUGCGCGGCCACCUGAAAAGGAUCUCUGUGGGCCUGGCAUCGCUGCUUGCCUUUUCCUUUCUCCCUUUCCUCCUCCCCUUUUUUUUUGUUGCUUUUCUUUUAAGUCACUUCGCCCGUUCGUCCGAACCGCCACUGGUCGCUUGAACACGAUUUACCACUUAUAAAGCUGAGCCUUCUGCUCGGUGGCAAAUCUC